GUUUACCCUGACUCAAGACAACAUAACCUUAUUUUAUCAGGAAAAUUUAAUCACCAAAAGAAAAUAAAAAUAUAUAAGAAAAGUGAUAUUUAAAAACUAUUAUCCAAAAUAUCGUAUCAAUAAACAUGCUUCCUACUCUAAGAACAGUAGCCAAUGGCUUGAGGCGCUCUUUGGGGCUCAGAAGCCUUCAAACAACAUCCACUUUACAGUCGGACAACUUGUUUGUACAUAGAGACACCCCAGAAGACAACCCUGAUAUUCCCUUUCAAUUUACCACAGAGAAUAAAAAGAGGGCAGAUGCAAUUCUAGCAAUUUACCCAGAGGGUCACAAAAGAGCCGCAAUGCUUCCGUUGUUGGAUUUGGCUCAGAGGCAACACGGUUGGUUGCCGAUUUCAGCUAUGCACCAUGUAGCUGACAUUUUAGGUUUGCCUAAAAUGAGAGUCUACGAAGUUGCUACUUUUUACACUAUGUUUAUGAGAAAGCCAACUGGUAAGUAUCAUGUGCAGGUAUGCACCACCACUCCAUGUUGGCUCAGAGGUUCUGAUGAAAUUUGGAACACCAUCAGGGAAAAUUUGAAAUUGGAAAACGGCGAAACUAGCAAAGAUAUGAUGUUCACUUUGUCAGAGGUUGAAUGCCUGGGGGCUUGUGUUAAUGCACCAAUGGUACAAAUUAAUGAUGAUUACUAUGAAGAUUUGACUGUUGAAGAUACCGUGGAAAUUUUGUGCGAUUUGAAGGAAGGUAGGAAACCAAAACCUGGACCUAGAAAUGGUAGGUUUGCUGCUGAACCUAUUGGCGAACCAACUUCUUUGAAAGGAGAACCACCAGCGGCUGGGUUUGGAGUUAGACCCGAUUUAUAAACGAAUUUAAUUGUAUUGUAAUAUAAAUAUUAAUAAUUAUUAGGUUUCAAU